AUGGAAACACCUCUAUCGCCAGCUCAGGACUCGACGCUCAACAUCCAAACACCAGCUACCGCCAGACGGUACAACAGUUACGAAGUGCGAGCCGUCUCUGUGUCUUCAGAUAACGACACCCCUUCGCGAGGUGCCUCACCCUUUGCAGCCAACGACGCCAUCUUGACCGACCAAGAGAACGUCCCUCCCUCAUCCUCCAAGUCACGACACUCGCGUGUCCUCUCUGGGGCAACCCUCUCACCACUCAAGAUCCUCGUCGAUCAGCGAGAAGACAGAGAGUCUAGAAAAGCCGAGAGACUGCCCCCAAGCGCCCGCAGUCCUCGAAAGGUGUCCCCUGAGAAGCGGUUUCCUGUUAAGGUCAGCAACCCGAUCGACUCGCCGCGUUCGACCCACGAGAGAACAAUGAGCCUGGAGGACGCCGUGCGGCAGAACGAAGGCUUGAAGCGCGCCAUUGAGAUCUUUGAAGAUGAACAAAGCGUGCUGGAGGACGACAACGACGAGAUGGAUACCACCGUGGGCACUGUAAACAUUAUCCCCCCUGGACAGAUGGACGUGGACGAGUCCGUGGGCCCGGAUGAUACCAUGAUCAGCACAUUCAGCACCUUCUCAGCCGUGCCAGACUUGACAAUGUUUGCAAAGCUGGGCCGAACUCCAACCUCGACCAAGUUCUCCAAUGCUGGUGGCCUCACUCCUCGUGUCAGCACCAGAGCUGAACCUUCACCGUCCCGGACACCACGACCGAUGUCUAUGCAAGACUCUGGAAACACUACCAAUCUGCUCGACUUUACCGAGCAAAUGCGAUUCCCUCAGAAGACCCCCUCUAAGGGCGGCCUAUCGCCGUCCCGAACGGCCCCUAACGUUGCGGCCACCCCUGCUCGCCAAUUCGCCAACCUCAUCGACUUUGAUAUUCCCCCGAUGCCAACUCCUCGCAGUGUCCCUAGCAUUACCCCUAGAGAGCUCGAGUCCCUCAAGUCGAACUUCCUGUCCGAAAUUAGCUCCCUCAAGGCCUCGCUCAGCGGAAAGGAGGCUGAGGUGCAGUCACUCAAGGCUGCAGUUGGCGAUGCCGAGAAACGUGUUGGAGAGUCUCUGGAGCAGCUCCGUGAGGAACGCGGUUUCAAGGAGCAACUCGCUGUCGAGAAGGAAGGCUGGGAGAACCGUGGACGUGAGAUGGAGAAUGUCCUGCGAAAGGUCAAGGAGGAGAUUGUCCUCAGCCAGAGAGAACGAGAAGAGUUGGAACAGAAGCUGGAGGAGAGCGAAAAGCGACGCGAGGCUGCAGAGAUUAUGCAUCAGGAAGCUGAGAGCAAGAUGGCGGGUAUGCGUGCCGGGAAGGAUAUGGAAAAGUCGUCACCCGAGAAGCCAAAGAGCCCGAGCUCAUCCAACCAUGAAGUUGAGCUCGCCGUUGAGCGUGUAGCUCGCGAACUGCAUGCCCUCUACAAGAGCAAGCACGAAUCCAAGGUGACUGCUCUGAAGAAGUCGUACGAGACUCGGUGGGAGAAGCGAGUUCGUGAACUUGAGAGCACCAUCGAGGAGCUCAGCGAGGAGAACGAGCGCCUCCGCGUGGGUCGGGAUGCGACCAUGACCAAGGUUGAGCCUGAUAGCGCUGAGGCCGAGGAACGCAAGGCUCAGGCUGUGCGUGACAGCGCAACUAUCAAGGAGCUUAAUGCGGACGUCCAGCGCCUCGAGGCGGUAGUGCAGACGGUGCAGAAGGACAACGAGCAGCUCCGAGGCAUGCUGGAGCAGGAGCGUGUUGAGAAGGGCGAGCUGGUUCAGCUGGCCGAGGAGAUGAUGAGCAUGCAGAGCUUUGUUGGGCAGACACCCAAGCCUCAGCCCCAAGCUCAACCGCAGCAGACGCCGCAUCUCUCCCACCAGCUUCACGAGAGACAGCACGACCGUCAGCCCGAGGCCAAGACGCCCAAGCGGAGUGCGGACCACUUUAGAAGCAGCGUCAACCGCGCCUCUGGGCUCCGAGCCCCUGGAUCAGGCCUCCGAGCGCCUCACGAGCGAACCAAGAGCGCAGGGGGUCUUCCCCGUCCGGGUGGUGUUGGCCGCAGCGGUAUCAUGAGCUCCAUUGAGAAGAUGGGCAGCUAUCGAGGACGCGGAGCUGAGUAA